AUGGAGAAGGUUCUGGGCAUGUAUUGGAACACUGCCAACGACGGGUUAGAAUUUCAUUUCAAAUUUCACAAAAUCGGCCGCGAUGUGCUCGAUGGUACGCGAUCUCCAACCAAGCGAGAGUUGCUGGGCAUAGCCAUGUCUAUCUACGAUCCGUUUGGUCUCCUGGCAAACGUAACAGUAGGUUGGAAGUUGUUGUUGCAAUCAUUGUGGAAGCUGCGAGUGCAGUGGGACGAAAAGAUACCGUAUCAGUUGGAAGAGCAGUGGUCCAUGUGGUGGAGAAGCAUACAGUCCGCAAAGCGUCUUUCGGUGCCACGGUGCUAUUCCGCGAUGUUACCAGUCGCGGAGGACAUACAGCUACACAUUUUCGUGGAUGCCAGUUCCUGCGGAUAUGCGGCCGUGGCGUAUCUGCGCGUAAGACGGGCUAAUAAAAUCGACGAUACUUUGGUAUGCGCUAAGUCGAGGUGUGCGCCUCUGAAAGGCAUGACGAUUCCGCGUUUGGAGCUACAGGCUGCAGUCUUGGGUUGCCGCCUUAAAGAGCCGCUUGAACGCUGUCAUGAUUUCCGAGUAGACAACACUACGUUUUGGAGUGAUUCCAAGACUGUCAUACUCUGGAUCCGUUCAACUAACCGAAAUUUCAAGCAGUUUUUCGCCUAUCGCGUAACCUAA